GCCAAGACAGCGACAGCGCAUAUACAUAUUCCUCUCUUCUGUGUCUCGCAUUUUUUUUUUUAAAUCUGUUGCUGUUUGUUGAUGUCCGUGAUCCAGCGCAAGAACUACGAGGCAGCUGUGGAGCUGCGGCACGAACUCCACACCCACCCCGAGCUCUCCAACGAGGAGGUGUGGACGAAGCAGCGCAUUUUGGAAUUCGUGCGCGCCCACACGACUCGCAUUCAGUUUCAUGACCGCGGCACGUGGUUCUACGGCGUGUACCGCGAGUCAACUCGGCAGGGCACUGCGGCGCAGACGCGCGACACGGUGAUGUUUCGCGCCGACUUCGACGCAUUGCCAAUGGACGAAGUGAUCGAACUGCCGUGGGCCUCGAAGAUCGCCGGCAAGGCGCACAAGUGCGGCCACGACGGUCACUCUGCCACACUCGUGGCCUUCGCGAUGGAGGUGGAUGAGCGCGGUGCGGACAACGAUGUCGUGUUCUUGUGGCAGCCGGCGGAGGAGGUUGGUAACGGUGCGGUGCAGUGCUUGCCGGUGCUGGACGCCGAGCACGUGACACGCGUCUUCGGCUACCACAACAUGGCCGGCUUCCCGUACAAGUCGAUUGUUGUGCGGGACGGUGUCAUUCAAUGUGCGUCUGUCGGCAUGAUCAUCAAGCUCACAGGCACCCCUGCGCACGCCAGCCAGCCCGAAACGGGGAAGAACCCGUCCCUGGCGAUCGCCACGCUGAUCCAGCGCAUCCCAGAGCUGACAAAAAACGCGAAGGAGCUGCUGCUGUGCACGGUGGUGCAAGUGAACGUCGGCAACCGCCAGUUUGGCAUGUCGGCGUACUACGGAGAGCUGCUUAUGACGAUCCGUGCGACCUACGAAAACGAGUUGGAGGAGCUGAAGAGGAACUUGGUGCAACUGGCGACGGUGGAGGCGGCAAAGACGGGGCUGAAGUGCGAAUUCGAGUACAGCGACGCCUUCCCCGAGACGCGCAACACGAAGGCCUGCGUUGACCACGUCCGCGCCGUCGCCAAGGCGCAGGGCCGUCUUGUACACGAGAUGAAUGCGCCUCUCCGUCCCUCCGAAGACUUUGGCCACUACGGCAAGCUGCGCCCGGCGUGUUACUUCUUCAUUGGAAACGGCGAGAGCUACCCGCCCAUUCACACUCCGUCGUACGACUUCCGCGACGAGGUGAUUGAGGUUGGCGUGCGCAUGUUCAAAGGAUUGGCGGGUGUACACGACACACCACCCGCUUCUCUGUAA